CGCAAACUGCUGGAGUUGGAACUCGCGAAGGAAAGCACGAAAGAGUGGCUUGGUAUGCAAGAAAUUCGGCGCAAACUUCCAGCUCACAAUUUGAAGAGUGUCGUGCUUGAAGCGAUUGAGAGCUCCAAUGCGGCUGUAGUGAGCGGCGCAACCGGUUGCGGGAAGACAACACAAGUUCCACAGUUUAUAUUCGAAGAAGCCAUUAGGGCGGGCAAGGCUGGAGAUACGAGCAUCAUCAUCACGCAACCGAGGCGUCUUUCGGCCAUCGCGGUCGCCGAGCGCGUCGCGAAUGAGCGUUGUGAACGCAUCGGUGACACCGUCGGCUACAGCAUUCGGUUGGAAAGCAAGCAAAGCGAGAAAACGCGAAUGCUGUUCUGUACGACUGGUAUCCUCCUCCGACGUUUACAGACUGAUCCGAAUUUAACUGGCGUAUCGCACGUUGUCGUUGAUGAGGUCCAUGAGCGUGAUUUACUGAGUGAUUUCUUGCUAGUCAUUCUCCGAUCACUCGCAGCGAGGAGGAGUGAUUUUCAUCUCGUGGCCAUGUCCGCUACGGUGAACGCCGACUUGUUUAAAAACUAUUUCGAGUCGCACCUGAAAACAACGUGUCCAGUCGUGGAGAUACCCGGUAGGACGUUUCCCGUGGCGGAAUAUAGAUUAGAGGACGCUAUCGAAGCCACGGGCUACGUGUGCGAGCCCGAUGGCGAGUUCGCGCUCGGCGUCGAGCAGAGCCGCGGCGGGAGGAUUUUUAAGAUGGCCGGAGGUGGCGGCGCUCGCGGGGCGGCGCUUCGCGAAGCCGUUGAGGAGUCGUUCGAACGUUCUGCGAUGAGCGAGUACAGCGAGACCACUUGGAAGAGCUUGCAAGUCAUCGAUGAAGAGAAGAUCAAUUACGAAUUGAUGGAGCUGCUCGUAGCGCUCAUCGCGGACGAGUACGAGGAAGGAGCGAUAUUGAUCUUCUUGCCAGGGAUGGCGGAAAUUCGAACGCUUCAUGAUCGACUUCGUGCGAAUUUAAAAGAUUCAGAGUCGCGAUUUUUGCUCAUCCCUUUGCACUCGACACUGAGUUCUGAAGAGCAGCGCUUAACGUUCAAUAAAGCUCCACCGGGAAAGCGGAAAGUCGUCAUGGCGACGAACAUUGCGGAGACGUCGAUCACGAUUGACGACGUUGUCUUCGUUAUAGACAGCGGUCGCGUGCGCGAAACACAAUACGAUCCGGUAUCGAGAAUGUCGGCUCUCGUCACCGCUUGGUGCAGCAAGGCGAGUAGUCGACAGCGUCGUGGUCGGGCCGGUCGCGUACGCGAAGGCUAUUGCUUUCACCUGUACAGCACAAAGACUGAAGCGACCGUGCUGGCGGACUUUACGACGCCAGAGAUUUUGCGCACGCCGCUCGACGCGCUGUGUUUACAGAUCAAGAUUCUAGGUCUUGGAGACAUUCGCAAGUUUUUGUCCAUGGCCAUCGAGCCACCGCCUGAAGGCGCCAUCGCGUCGGCGCUGAAAUCUUUACACGAACUCGACGCAGUGGACUCAAAGGAUGAACUCACCGCGCUCGGGCAUCAUCUCGCUGAACUCCCAGUCGACGCUCGGCUUGGAAAAAUGAUGCUAUAUGGUGCGAUGUUUUCGUGCUUGGAUCCUAUUCUCACCAUUGCCGCCGGUGUUGGGUUUCGCUCCCCCUUUUUAGCGCCGAUGGACAAGCGCGACGAGGCCGACGCGGCGAAGCGCAAAAUCGCCGCACAAGCAAGUGACCAUCUCACGCUGGUGCGAGCAUACGCUGGUUGGAUCCACGCGAGGGCCAAGGGUCGUGGUUUCGAACGGGACUACUUGUCCAAGCUGUUUCUCUCCGGACAGACGUUGAAACAAAUUUCAGAGAUGCGACAGCAGUAUACCGAUUUGUUGGACCAAAUUGGAUUUUUGCGAUCCGGUGCGGGCGCUCUCGGGGCCGUUUCUGCUGUGAACGCGGGGAACGAGUCACUCGUGCGUGCUGUCAUUUGCGCUGGUCUUUAUCCAAACGUCGCGUUGGCGAGCGCGCCUGCGAAGACAGACGACGGUCGCGCGCGGUCGCGCUACCCCACUAGCUCCGUCGCCGUGCGCACCAAGCACGAUACGGACGUGCACAUGCAUCCAACAUCAGUGUGUUACGGCAUGUCGCCAAGUGUCGACAGCCGGUUUCUGCUCUAUCACGAAAAAGUUCGUACGACCAAGGUGUACAUUCGCGACGCCACCGCCGUCGGGUCGUACCCGCUGUUACUCUUCGGCGGUAAAAUCAAAAUCAAUCACGAAAGAUCGAGCGCGACGUGCGAUAAUUGGAUAAAUUUUCGCGCAGCACCUAGAGUUGCGGUCCUCUUCAAGCAUUUACGCGCCGAACUAGACGCGUUGCUCAUGGAGAAGAUUGCUUCACCCGACAUGGACAUUUCGCACAGACGCGACGUCGUGAAAUCCAUA